AUGAUCAUUAAUAGUGGGAGUUGUGCCAAUGUUGCUAGUACCACCCUUGUUGAUUUCUUGAAACUUCCCACCAACCGUCAUAAAAACCCUUACAAACUUCAAUGGCUCAAUGAAUGUGGUGAAUUAAAGGUGACUCGGCAAGCUAUCAUCAAAUUCACGGUUGGGAAGUAUCACGAUGAGGUGUUAUGUGAUGUUGUGCCUAUGCAAGCGUGUCAUCUUCUACUUGGCCGACCAUGGCAAUAUGAUAGGUCCGUCAACCAUAAUGGGAGAACUAACCAAUACACCGUUGUCCACAAUGGUGUCAAACAUGUCUUGAAUCCCAUGACCCCCUCCCAAGUGGGUGAGAUCUAUAACAAAAUGAGGGAGUUGAAGGAGAAAGGUCAUAGUACAUUGCAAAAGAAGAAUGUGGGAAAAGGAGUAGAGGAGAGUAGUUCUCAAGAGGAAUUUGAUGAUGUGUUCCCAACGGAACUCCCAAAGGGGUUACUACCCUUGAGGGGAAUUGAACACCAAAUUGACUUUGUCCCGGGGUCUCAAUUGCCAAACAAACCGGCUUAUAGAGCCAACCCGAAUUACACUAAGGAGCUUUAA